AUGUCUAUCCCUAAAACCGCGAUCAAGUCGACCGGUGCGCCGGUACCUCCUCCUUUCCUCUCCCAGGCUAUCCAAAUGGGUGAUUUCCUCUUUUGCUCCGGCCAGGUCGGUUGCAAGCCAGAUACUGGAGCUCUUGUUCAAGGGUCCAUUCAGGACCGCACGCGACAAAUCCUUUCCAAUCUUCGCUCAGUCCUGGAAACGGCGGGUACAAGUCUGGACAAUGUUGUCAAGUGCAAUAUCUAUCUUACCAGCAUGAGUGACUUCAGUGCUGUGAACGAGAUCUAUGCUGCUACUUUUGCUCAGCCUAUGCCGGCACGGACUUGCGUCUGCGUGAAGGAGCUCCCAAUGGGCACAGACGUGGAGAUCGAAUGCAUUGCGGGCAUCAAGUCAACUGCAAAGCUGUGA